UGCCAUUCCUGAAGGCUAGACCGAUUCUGUGUUUUUCCUUAUACUAUUUCUUUCCUUCUGUAUAGACCAUAACCCUCACAAGUAGUGACCGCUGUAAAUACCAAACAUCAUCAUUACUAGCAUGAGUGACGACAAAUCAGAAAAAAGAGAGUUUGACGAACAAGUCAUCUCGAGAAACUCCUCGAUCUCCACCGACAUGGGCUCGGCGAAUGCGGGAUCUCAGAGCUACAUGAUCCCCAUCGCCAAGUGCGUGGAGAUCUUCAACACGAACAAGGUCCACGGCCUAUCGAACGGCUACGCCAGCGAACUGUUGAAGAGCCAUGGCCCAAACACCCUCGGGAACGGUCAGAAGGUGUCCAUCGCCAACAUCUUGAUGCGGCAGAUCUUCAACGCCAUGAUCAUCGUAUUGGUCAUCUCGAUGAUCAUCUCGUUUGCAAUCAAAGACUGGAUCACCGGGGGUGUCAUCGCCUUCAUCAUCGGCCUCAACGUUGCCAUUGGCACGCAGCAGGAGUUCAAGGCAGAAAAAACAAUGGGCUCGUUGAAGAACUUGAGCUCUCCCUCGGCCCUGGUCAUUAGAAAUGGCUCGGAGUCUACCAUUCCUUCCGAGGAGGUCGUCCCAGGUGACCUAGUCAUCGUGAAGGUUGGAGACACCAUUCCAGCAGACCUCAGGUUGAUUGAAACCCACAACUUUGAAACCGAUGAGGCCUUGCUCACGGGUGAAUCUUUGCCGGUGGCCAAAGAUGCCAAAGAAUUAUACAACCAGGUAAUCCCUGUGGGCGACCGUCUCAACUUGGCUUUUUCCUCGUCGACAGUCUCGAAGGGAAGGGCUGUCGGGAUAGCAGUUUUGACGGGUCUAGACACAGAGAUUGGCAAAAUCGCCAAAGCUUUGCAUGGUAAUAACACUAUCAUCCAGAAGAUUGAAGACAAGGAAACCGCAGGGCCUAAAGAGUAUGCGAAUGCUGCCAAGUACACAAUCUGGAACACCAUAGGCUAUAUUCUUGGCAUUGCGGAAGGUACCCCAUUGAAGAAAAAGCUAUCAUGGUUGGCAAUCUACUUGUUCUGGAUUGCCGUUGUGUUCGCUAUUGUUGUGAUGGCGUCUCAGAAGUUCAAUGUCACCAAAGAGGUGGCAAUUUACGCCAUUUGUGUUGCUUUAUCAAUGAUUCCCUCAUCAUUGGUGGUGGUGUUGACAAUCACUAUGGCAGUAGGUGCCAAGGAGAUGUUGAAAAGAAACGUCAUUGUCAGGAAAUUCGAUGCCUUGGAGAACUUGGGCUCAGUCAACGCAAUUUGUUCUGACAAGACAGGUACACUAACACAGGGUCGUAUGAUUGCAAAAGAAGUUUACGUUCCCAGCGUCGGAACAUUUUCAGUCAGAGAUUUCAAUGAACCGUUCAACCCAACUUUAGGCAAUGUCCUAUACUGCGAUUCAACCCCACUAGAGCUAAAGGAAAAUGAUGAAAAGGAUUGGAUUUCAUUUGAAGCAUUCAAGGAAAAGUUUUCCGGUAGUAAGAAAAUGGAUGAUUUUAACUCAUGGAUUGAAACGGCUUCCUUGGCCAACGUUGCAAAAGUCUAUGAAGAUACGGAUGACACUGGUAUGAAAGACUGGAAAGCGAGAGGUGAUCCCACCGAAGUUUCAAUCCAGGUGUUUGUCACACGUUUAGGUUUUGGAAGAGACUACUUGGUUGAUGAAUGUGACAAAUACACCUACUUGGCUGAAUUUCCCUUCGACUCAUCCAUCAAAAGAAUGAGUUCAGUUUUUGCAACUAACUCUGGCGAUGAAAAAGGAAAAGAAAUCAUUUACACUAAAGGUGCUGUAGAAAGGAUUUUAAACAUUUGCUCAACAUGGACAGACCCUUCAACAGGGAAGCUAGCGGAAAUUAAUAAUGAGGUUAUUGAAAACUUGGAAAAAGAAAUGGAUGCCUUGUCAUCGAAAGGUUUGAGAGUUUUGGCUUUCGCAAGGAAAACUCCUGAUGAUCAGAAUUUAAAAGAAAAAUGGCAGAAGAUUGACCGGGAACACGUUGAAAACAAUUUGCAUUUUCUAGGUCUAAUUGGUAUAUACGACCCACCUAGACCCGAGUCAUUACCUUCGGUCAAGUUAUGCCAUCAUGCAGGUAUUUCGGUUCACAUGGCAACAGGUGAUCAUCCAUCAACUGCAAGCGCUAUUGCCAAAGAGGUUGGAAUUUUGCCAGAUAACGUUCACAUGUUUUCACAAAAGGUGAUCGAUUCCAUGGUUAUGACUGCUCCACAAUUUGAUAGUCUAUCUAAUGAUCAGAUAGAUUUAUUACCUGUUCUACCACUUGUUAUUGCAAGAUGUGCACCUCAAACAAAGGUCAGAUUGGUUGAUGCACUUCACAGAAGAGGACAGAUUGUUGCAAUGACCGGUGACGGUGUUAAUGAUUCUCCUUCUUUGAAAAUUUCAGAUAUUGGAAUUGCUAUGGGUAAAAAUGGUUCGGACGUCGCCAAGGAUGCCUCGGAUAUUGUUCUAGCAGAUGAUAAUUUUGCUUCAAUUUUAAAUGCCGUUGAAGAAGGUAGAAGAAUGAGUGAUAAUAUUCAGAAAUUCGUUAUUCAACUUCUUGCAUGUAAUGUUGCCCAAGCUUUGUUUCUUUUAAUUGGUUUGGUUUUUAAAGAUGAUGAUGACUUUUCAGUUUUUCCACUAUCACCAGUGCAAGUUUUAUGGGUCAUCGUUGUUACCUCCUGUUUCCCAGCCAUGGGAUUAGGUGUCGAAAGAGCAGCUGAAGAUGUUAUGGACCGUCCUCCUAAAGAUGCCAAACAAUCUGUAUUCACUUGGGAAGUUGUCAUUGAUAUGUUCGUUUAUGGAAUUGCCAUGGCUGGUGCUUGUAUGAUUCCAUUCAUUAUUGAAGUUUACGGCUACGGUAAUGGAGAAUUGGGAGAGAAUUGCAACAGAACAGACUACGCAUCUACAUGCACACAUGUUUUUAGGGCAAGAGCCGCCUCAUUUGUGACAAUGACCUGGUGUGCAUUGAUUUUAGCUUGGGAAGUCAUUCACACAAGAAGAUCAUUAUUUUUAAUGCACCCACAAUCUCCAAAUCCAAAGAUUCAAUGGCUAAAAGAUUUAUGGGACAAUCAAUUUUUGUUCUGGUCCGUUAUCCUAGGUUUCAUAACACUAAUUCCCACCAUCUAUAUUCCUGUAAUCAACGAUUAUGUGUUUUUGCAAAAAGGAAUAUCAACAGGCUGGGCAUGGGCGUUUAUUUGCACACUUCUUUUCUUGGUUACAGCAGAGUUAUGGAAGUACAGUAAGAGACAGUAUUUCAAAAACGAAAAGGCACUCAAUCCAGAAGAAGACUUGGAAAAAAAUGGUGCCUUUGAAUCUUUCAAAAAUCUAAACUCACUUGAUGAAACCAAUUAAAUACAGAACUUCUUCAAGCUUUACUCAAAUUCAAUAGCCACUUUACUUAUUCUUAAUUCUUUGAUUUUAUUUUAUUUACGUUGUAGAAAUGUUUUUUAGUUUAUUAAUCGACC